AUGUAUAGAAGUGGUCUGACCUGGUUUUCGCAAAUUGGUCGUGUUGUCAUGGCUACCUGGCCGGAGUCAUCUUGUCCAAAGUCCUCUGCUAUCGUGGAUCGUGGACAGGGUACAUUCCCACACGUUCCUCUGGCGUCUUCAAUGAGUCUUACCAUUCUCAGCACCAGGCUACAACUUUUUUAUCCUCAUCCAGUUGUAACUUGGCGAUGGGAAUGCCGAGGCUCUCUGAAAAUGCUGAUUACGACGCCGGUGAGACGUCUGGAAAUGUACGAAAUCCACAAUUCAAUACUGAGAAUUAUCAUAACUCUUACAGCAAAGGACUUCGGAGAAGGUGCAACUAAAGGUCGGCAAGCGUUUCCCGUGGCCGUCAAGGGAAGAGAGUCUAGUAAUCUGGUCGGCCGAGGCUUCGGCCUUCCACUGUACCGUCGACAGCAACCGUUCACAAGCGGACUCUUGGACGGCAGCAAGAGUGGCGUCUACGAGUCCGGUUGCCACGGCAAGUGGUUGCGCCAAGUGAGUCGUGUUGCCAGAAUCGUGGCCAAACUGGCCCAGACGAACGGAGACUUUGCAUGUGGGCCAACCCGCCCGACGCCCAACCCCCCGAGGCAGAGGGUCUACGAUGCAGAUCUGCGAAUGUUGGCCACCUCAACUCGUCCAACGCGCCUCAAAAGGUCAGGCCUGGAGAUGAGGAUCUCUUGUGGCUUGAUUGACAGACAGACCCAGUCGGUGGACAAGAAGUGGGACUGCCGAGGCGCCUCCUGUCAGAAUGGCCGAAGAGGGGCACAUGUGAAGAAGAGCUGCUUAUGCCCCCCCCCCGCGACAGGGCUGUGUCCAUCCGGUGGACGUCCCGCAGUCGGUACAGUCUAUUGUUGCCCGCAAACUGCGAUUUCCCAAUGA